AUGAGGGUUCUGGUGCGGCGCUGCUGGGGAACGGGGUCGGCGGGAGGCGGCGCGGGCAGGAGGCUUAGCCCCCAGUGGCUAGCGCUGGCCGGUCUCGGCCGGUCAUCUGGCGGGGAGGAUGGCCCGGGCGCCCGCGUCCGCGAGAAGCCGCCCUGGCGAGUGCUUUUCUUCGGCACAGACCAUUUCGCCCGCGAAGCGCUGCGGGCGCUGCACGCUGCCAGGGAAAACAAAGAGGAAGAGUUAAUUGAAAAAUUGGAGGUGGUCACCGUGCCUUCCCCCUCACCAAAAGGACUGCCAGUGAAGCAAUACGCUGUCCAGUCUCAGCUUCCAGUGUAUGAAUGGCCAGAUGUGGGACCCGGAGAGUAUGAUGUUGGAGUGGUAGCUUCAUUCGGCCGACUUCUGAGUGAGGCUCUUAUUCUUAAAUUUCCCUAUGGCAUAUUGAAUGUCCAUCCCAGUUGCCUCCCAAGGUGGCGUGGUCCAGCCCCCAUAAUCCACACUGUGCUUCAUGGAGAUACAGUUACAGGAGUGACCAUUAUGCAGAUCAGACCUAAAAGAAGUCUUAUUUCAGUUUUGAAAAAUUUACCUGAAAGUUUGCGCAAUGGAAGGCAACAGCCAGCUGAGGGAGUGACACAUGCCCCUAAGAUUUCUGCUGGUACCAGCUGUAUAAAGUGGGAAGAACAAACUGCAGAGCAAAUAAUGAGACUUCAUCGUGCCAUUGGGAAUAUAAUUCCAUUGCAGACACUCUGGAUGGAUAAUACCAUUAAACUUCUGGAUCUAGUAGAAGUUAGUAGCUCAGUCCUCACCGAUCAAAAAUUAACAGGACAGGCUGUUUUUCCAGGGUCAGUUAUAUACCACAAACAAUCACAAAUGCUGCUGGUUUGUUGCAAGGAUGGUUGGAUUGGUGUUCAGUCAGUGAUGCUCAAGAAAACACUAACAGCUACUGAUUUCUACAAUGGAUAUUUGCACCCCUGGUACCAGAAAAUUUCCCAAGCUCAACCAAGCCAAUGCAGAUUUCAGACUCUCAGACUUCCAGCAAAGACGAAGCAGAAAAAAAUUGUUGCUAUGCAACAGUGCAUUAAGUAGUUAGGAAGAGGAUGGACAAGACCUAUUACGUAUUUGUAAUUUAUUAAAAGCCUUAUUUACAAGGAAUUACCUUUACUCUUAAAGAAGAUGAUACUGUUGGAGGAAGAGAAGAUUAUUGUCAAGAAAUUACCUCAUGUCCCUUUUUUUGUUUAACAGUAGUCAAAGACAAACCUUUUCUACUUGAAUAAUUAAAGAAGCUUUAAAUAAAAAUUAUUUAUAUCAA